CCAUCCGAAGCGGCUCACUCCACGAUGCUUUAAAUAUAUCCAUCUAGGAUAGAGCCAAGUCAAGUGGUCAGUAAUGGAUUGGAGGCAUGUCAUUGCAACAGCAUAAGGUGCAAGAUUUCACUACCGGUAAUGAUACAGGUAGCAUGAAUAUAAAGCAAGGAACUGACGGAUGGGAGUAUCUCUUGGGCACAGAAGGAGAAGAUGGUAAUCAGUCAUCAUAUGAACAAAAUCAAGGUCAAACCAUCAUCAAACCAAUAAUAGAUGAAGACAUAAUGAACCCUGAUGCAGAUCAAGACUAUUAUACUAUACAGAGUCAAAUCAUUCCCAUCAAACAGGAAGUAGAUGAAGACAGGACCAACCCAGAUACAGGUCAAGACAAAUGUACUUUACAAGGUCAAACCAUUACCCUCAAACAGGAAGUAGAUGAAGACAUGACCAACCCUGAUACAGGUCAAGACCAAUAUACUAUACAAGGUCAAACCAUUACCCUCAAACAGGAAGUAGUUGAAGACAUGACCAACCCUGAUACAGGUCAAGACCAAUGUACUCUACAAGGUCAAACCAUUACCGUCAAACAGGAAGUAGAUGACGACAUGACCAACCUUGAUACAAGUCAAGACCAAUGUACUAUACAAGGUUUAACCUUCAUGAUUAAACAGGAAGUAGAUGAAGACAUUACGAACCCUGAUACAGGUCAAGACCAAUGUACUACAUAUUUACAAGGUGAAACCAUUACCCUCAAACAGGAAGUAGUUGAAGACAUGAUCAACCCUGAUACAGGUCAAGACAAAUGUACUAUACAAGGUUUAACCUUCAUGAUUAAACAGGAAGUAGAUGAAGACAUGACCAACCCUGAUACAGGUCAAGACCAAUGUACUACAUAUUUACAAGAUGAAAAGUAUAAGAGUGGAGAGGACAGGAUACAAUCACACAUGAGAGAAUACAGCGUAGAGAAGUCAUAUCAGUGUUUACAAUGCAGUAAGACGUUUACAGAUGAGAACUCUUUUAUGAUUCAUCAUAAAACACACACUGGAGAAGAUGAGUUAGCUAACCAGCAUAGAACAGAGUUAGGAGAGAUAUGCUUUAAGUGCCCCCAAUGUGAUAAGAAUUUUGAAUGCCAGGAUCUUCUUAUGACCCAUGUGAGCACACACACUAGAGAAAAGUUUUAUCAUUGCUCUAAUUGUGGAAAGGGAUUUUCUAACAACUGCGAUCUUAUAACCCAUAUAAGAACACAUACAGGAGAAAAACCAUAUCAUUGCUCAUAUUGUGAGAAGAGAUUUCCUAAAAAAGGCAAUCUUAUAAGCCAUAUAAGAACACACACAGGAGAAAAACCUUAUCAUUGCUCACAUUGUGAGAAGAGAUUUCCUACAAAGGGCAAUCUUACAGUCCAUCUAAGAACACACACAGGAGAAAAACCUUAUCAUUGCUCACAUUGUGAGAAGAGAUUUCCUACAAAGGGCAGUCUUACAAUCCAUAAAAGAACACACACAGGACAAAAACCUUAUCAUUGCUCACAUUGUGAGAAAAAAUUUUCUGACACAAGCAGUCUUAAAACUCAUAUAAGAACACAUAAAGUAGAAAAACCUUAUCAUUGCUCACAUUGUGACAAGAAAUUUUCUACCAAGAGCCAUUUUACAACUCAUAUAACAACACAGACAGGAGAAAAACCUUAUCAUUGCUCACAUUGUGAGAAGAGAUUUUCUGACAAGUGCCUUUUUAACAGGCAUAAAAGAACACAUAAACCUUAUGUGUGCUCUUAUUGUGAGGAGCGAUUUGCUUAUAAGAAGGAUCAUACCAAUCAUGUAAGAACACACUCAGGAGAAAAACCUUAUCAUUGCCCAUAUUGUGAGAAGGGAUUUCCUAAAAAGCACAAUCUUGCAAUCCAUAUAAGAACACACACAGGAGAAAAACCUUAUCGUUGCUCACAUUGUGAGAAAACAUUUUCUGACAAGAGCAAUCUUACAUCUCAUAUAAGAACACACACAGGAGAAAAACCUUAUCAUUGCUCACAUUGUGAGAAGAGAUUUUCAAAAAAACGCCAUCUUACAACUCAUGUAAGAACACACACAGGGGAAAACAUAUAUAAUUGCUCACACUGUGACAAGGGAUUUUCCUUUAAGAAAGAUCUCACCAAUCAUGUAAGAAACCAUAAAGGAGAAAAACCCUAUCAUUGCUCACACUGUGAGAAGAGAUUUUCUACAAAACGCCAUCUUACAUCUCAUGUAAGAACACACACAGGAGAAAAACCUUUUCAUUGCUCACAUUGUGAGAAGAAAUUUUCUGACAGGGGCAAUCUUAAAAGGCAUAUAAGAACACACACAGGAGAAAAACCUUAUCAUUGCUCACAUUGUGAGAAAAGUUUUCCCCAAAGGAAAAAUCUUAUCGGUCAUGUAAGAACACAUACAGGGGAAAAGCCUUAUAUUUGCUCUCAUUGUGAGAAGAGAUUUCCUACAAAGGGCAAUCUUACAGUCCAUAUAAGAACACACACAGGAGAAAAACCUUAUCAUUGCUCACAUUGUGAGAAGAGAUUUCCUACAAAGGGCAGUCUUACAAUCCAUAUAAGAACACACACAGGACAAAAACCUUAUCAUUGCUCACAUUGUGAGAAAAAUUUUUCUGACACAAGCAGUCUUAAAACUCAUAUAAGAACACAUAAAGUAGAAAAACCUUAUCAUUGCUCACAUUGUGACAAGAAAUUUUCUACCAAGAGCCAUUUUACAUCUCAUAUAACAACACAGACAGGAGAAAAACCUUAUCGUUGCCCAUAUUGUGAGAAGGGAUUUCCUAAAAAGCACAAUCUUGCAAUCCAUAUAAGAACACACACAGGAGAAAAACCUUAUCAUUGCUCACAUUGUGAGAAAACAUUUUCUGACAAGAGCAAUCUUACAUCUCAUAUAAGAACACACACAGGAGAAAAACCUUAUCAUUGCUCACAUUGUGAGAAGAGAUUUUCAAAAAAACGCCAUCUUACAACUCAUGUAAGAACACACACAGGGGAAAACUUAUAUUAUUGCUCACACUGUGACAAGGGAUUUUCCUUUAAGAAAGAUCUCACCAAUCAUGUAUUAAGAAACCAUAAAGGAGAAAAACCCUAUCAUUGCUCACACUGUGAGAAGAGAUUUUCUACAAAACGCCAUCUUACAUCUCAUGUAAGAAAACACACAGGAGAAAAACCUUUUCAUUGCUCACAUUGUGAGAAGAAAUUUUCUGACAGGGGCAAUCUUAAAAGGCAUAUAAGAACACACACAGGAGAAAAACCUUAUCAUUGCUCACAUUGUGAGAAAAGUUUUCCCCAAAGGAAAAAUCUUAUCGGUCAUGUAAGAACACAUACAGGGGAAAAGCCUUAUAUUUGCUCUCAUUGUGAGAAGAGAUUUUCUCACAAGAAAUUUCUUACAAAACAUUUAAAAACACAUACUUGAGAAAAAUCAUAUAUUUCCUCUCAUUAUUAAACAGGGUUUUAUUUAAAGGGUGAUCUUACUUGUCUAUAAGAAUACAUACUGUAGAAAAACCUUAUAUUUGCUCACAAUGUAACGGGGGAUGUGCCCAAAAGGUCUAUCUAACACGUCAUAUAAGAAAACACACAGGACAAAAACCUUUCAUAUGCUCUCAUUGUGAUGAGAUUAUUUGGCAAGGCCAAUCUUACCAAACAUAAGAACACAUACUGGAGUAAAACCUUACAUUUGCUUCUAUUGCGAGAAGGGAUUUCCUACAAAGACUAGUCUUGCACAUCAUAUAAAAACACACACAGGAUAAAACCAUUCAUAUGCUCCCAUUGUAAAAAGGGAAUUUCUCUGGAGAAAAACCUUAUAUUUGCCCUUAUUGUACGUAUAAAAAGAGAUUUUCUAAAAAUAAAAGAAACUCUUACCCAUCAUGAAAGAACACACACAGGAGAAAGACCAUAUAUUUGCUCUCAUUGUAAAGAGAGAUAUCAUACAAAGAGCAAUCUUGCCCUUCAUAUAAGAACAAACACAGGAGAACCGUAUAUUUGCUUUCAUUGUGUGAAGGGAUUUUCUACAUAGAGCAAUCUUACCUGUCAUAUAAGAACACAUCUGGAGAAAAACCUUAUAUUUGCUCCGAGUGUAAAAAGUAAUUCUCUAGAAAAGGCAAUCUUGCAUGUCAUAUAGGAACGUAUGAUGGAGAAAAGGCCUGAUCAUUGUUCGCGUUGUAAAAAGGGAAUUUCAAAAAGAAUUCUCAUGUCACAUAUUAACACAUAAUGGAGACCCUUUAUCAUUGCUUACAUAGUCAGAAGAAAAAACGUAAUUUAUUGCUUUUUUGUGAGAAGAGAUUUUGACUAUAAGGAAGCCUUCUUAAGAUCAUCAACCAGAUUUGGAGGAAUACGUCUAUGAGGAAGUCUUCUUCACAUCUUGAACCACAGUUUGAAGUAUUUGUCGAAAAGGUGGUUUUAUUAACAUUAUAACCCAGAGUUGGAGGUAUGUGACUAUAUGGAAGUCUUAUUCUCUCUCUCUUUGUUAUCAAAAUCCAUCAUAUUUACCUUACCCUACUUUUAACUACCUAUGGUUAAAAUACCUAUUUAUUUUCUAGAGUGGCUUGCCAAUAUAAGCUUUGCUUUUCAAAAAGUCCCUCAUUUUCAUUUUCAUAUGUUAAGUAUGACCUGUAAUUUUGAAUUGUUUCAUCAUUUUGUUUGAAAUUAAGUCUUCUUAACUUCAUUACCCGGAGUUGGAGAUAUGCAUCUAUAAGGAAGUCUUCUUAACAUCAUUGCCCAGAGUUGGAAGUAUUUGUCUAUAAGGAAGUCUUCUUAACAUCAUUACCCAGAGUUGGAGGUAAGCGUACAUGAGGAAGUCUUUUUUUUUCCAUAUCAUAAAUCACAGUUGGAAGUAUCUAUAAGGAAGUCUUCUUAACUUCAUUACCUAGAGUUGGAGAAAUGCGACUAUAAGGAAGUCUUCUUAAUAUUAUUACCCAGAGUUGGAGAUAUGCGUCUAUAAGGAAGUAUUCUUAACAUCAUCACCCAGAGUUGGAGUUAUGCGACUAUAAGGAAGUCUUCUUAACAUCAUUACCCAGAGUUGGAGGUAUGUGUCUAUAAGGAAGUAUUCUUAACAUUAUUACCCAGAGUUGGAGAUAUGCGUCUAUAAGGAAGUAUUCUUAACAUCAUUACCCAAAGUUGGAGGUAUACAUCUAUAAGGCAGUCUUCUUAACAUCACCACCCAGAGUUGGAGAUAUGCGUCUAUAAGGAAGUCUUCUUAACAUCAUUACUCAGAGUUGGAGAUAUAAGUCUAUAAGGAAGUCUUCUUAACAUCAUUACCCAGAGUUGGAGGUAUGUGUCUAUAAGGAAGUCUUCUUAACAUUAUUACCCAGAGUUGGAGAUAUGCAUCUAUAAGGAAGUAUUCUUAACAUCAUUACCCAAAGUUGGAGGUAUGCAUCUAUAAGGCAGUCUUCUUAACAUCACCACCCAGAGUUGGAGAUAUGCGUCUAUAAGGAAGUCUUCUUAACAUCAUUACUCAGAGUUGGAGAUAUACGUCUAUAAGGAAGUCUACUUAACAUCAUUACCCAGAGUUGGAGGUAUGUGUCUAUAAGGAAGUCUUCUUAACAUUAUUACCCAGAGUUGGAGAUAUGCAUCUAUAAGGAAGUAUUCUUAACAUCAUUACCCAAAGUUGGAGGUAUGCAUCUAUAAGGCAGUCUUCUUAACAUCACCACCCAGAGUUGGAGAUAUGCGUGUAUAAGGAAGUCUUCUUAACAUCAUUACUCAGAGUUGGAGAUAUACGUCUAUAAGGAAGUCUUCUUAACAUCAUUACCCACAAUAUAUGAAUAUUUUAUAUUUUAUUGAUUUGCUUUCUAAAAUAAGCAAAGAAAUUCCUCUUAUCCAAAUAUCAUACAAAGACUUUAUGUCAGUUUAAAAUCACUCCUCAUCCUUGUAUUUUCGACCAACAUUUGUUCAUUUAAUUUCUAAUCACAUUUCCACUUUACAACCAUCAAAGGCGUGUGGCUCUGAUGAUAUUUCUCCAAAAGUCAUUAAAAACGGUAUUCAAUGCAUUGUUAAUCCUCUAUGCGAUAUUUUUAAUAAAUCUUUGAUUCAAGGUAUUGUCCCAGAAGAACUAAAAAUAGCUAAAGUAAUCAAAAAUUCUCGAAAAAAAUAGUGUACAAAAGACUUAAUGAAUUCCUUCAACUUAAUAAUAUCUUGAUUCCACAACAAUUCGGCUUUCGAAAGAAUUGCUCUACAAGUAUGGGGGUUUUGGAUUUGGUAAAUACUAUUAUCAGUGCAAUAGAUAGUGGACAAUUUUGUGUGGGUGUGUUUUUGACACGAUUGAUCAUGAUAUUUUAUUAAACAAACUUGAGCAUUAUGGCAUUCGUGGGGUAGCCUUAAAGUGGUUUGAAAAUUCCUUAAAGGGGAAUGAAAUCUUUGGAACAAGUAGGCU